UCCUGCUUCAAGGCCUGGAAGAGAGAGGCUUCGGCCAGACUUUUGUUGCUGCGAUAGACCGGUUUUUACACACAGCCAGAGCAUCGGUACAGAUUAAUGGUUUUCAAACACAAAAGAUGACUGUCACACGUUCCGUCCGACAGGGAUGUCCACUGUCACCCGCGUUGUAUGUCCUAUAUGUGGAACAUCUUCAUGAUAUGAUCAGGGAGAAUGAGAGUAUUGUGGGUCUACAAGUAUCACCACAAAUACAGCUCAAGUUGAAUAGUUUUGCAGAUGAUACAGCGGCGAUUACAGAGACAUCCCACACAAGCACAGCGGCGAUUACAGAGACAUCCCACACAAGCACAGCGGCGAUGCGUGACACAGUGGCAACAUUCGAAUACUACGCAGGGGCCAGGGUUAACUGGGAUAAAUCCACAGUUCUCCUUCCUGCCGGUGCAGAUCUGGAGGAUUUCCAAGACAUGACGAUCAUCCCGCAGGGCCAAAACACCAGAUACUUGUGGGUACUGCUUCCAGCAGCAUUAACCAAUGGAGAACAGAUGGAGGGCCUGUUGGCGGAGGCGAUGAGGAAGAUGCACAGAUGGGCCAAAGGUACAGGUUUAGGAGUAAUCGGCAGAAUCAUCAUAGCCAACAACGCAGUAUCUUCUACACUCUGGUAUGUGGCACCCUUGUCGGCACCCGACAACGGGGCAUUGAGGGAGUACAAAUCGGCGAUAAGAAGAUAUAUGUGGAAGAAUGAUCCGUACGCACCUCAGCUCAUCUACAGAGUCCGCUGGGAAAAGUUGAUCCAACCACGCGCACUGGGUGGACUGGGAAUGUUGGACCCACACUUGGAAGCAACGGCGCUACAGAUGCGAAUAGUCAUUUGGCUCCUGUUCGAGAAAGACGAUGCACUGUGGAAGAUCAACACAUUGGCCAGCAUGGCACAAGCUCUGAAGAUGGAUCAAGCAGAUGUAGAAAUGGCGCUUCUACAUCCACAGCUACAGCGAGGCUUGGCGAAAGGGGCAAUGUGGUCUCCAAUCCUGGAAAAAUGGCGAAAACAUUCGCUCCAACAACUGCCACCAAAGACGGUGGACCAGAUUCUGGGUCAGUCCCUGUUUGGCAACUCACUUAUUUGCAAACAGGGCCGUCCUUUUGCGUGGCAGAACGAACCAGCAGCUUUUGGGAGACAAUGGCUGGCGUGUGGAGUUUCUCGAAUUGCAGACCUGUGGGAUGAAGAAGCUCACAACUGGAGAACUGAGAUACAGAUGGCCGAACAUCUCAGACACCAACCGGAGCGUCAAGAUAGAUUGCGCCAACUAAAAGAGGCUAUUCCGGAAGAAUGGAUUCAUCGACUGCGUACGGGGGAAAGAACACGGGGAAAAUGGGUGGCCCUUAACACUGACGAACCUCCGAUGAAGUUGUUCCGCAUACUGUAUAGGGCCACACAAGAAUGGUAUGGAGUGGAGGCAUGGGAAAUGCAGGACUCUGAAGUAUGUCUGGGAGAACCGAUGACAAGACUUCCAGAACAGGACGGUCUGAUUCACAACCACAACAUGCGAUCGGUGGUGGUCCUGGAAGAUCGUGUACAGCACGCGAAGGCCAAGUUUCAACCGUUUAAACCCAGAAAACAUCCAGUGGAGCUGUCUUGGGACCCAGCCUCGUGGGAAUGGAAGGCCAGAAAUACAUAGAACAGAGCCUACAGACCGCAUCAGGUUACCACAAAGGUUAUUUAUCGAACGCUGCUGCAACUCACGGAUAUGGGAGAGGACAUGCGGAAUCGGUGGGCAAAGAGAGGAUGGUUGGAGACAACACAUACAUGGACAGAAAGCCAAUGGAAAAUAGCCAGUAAGACACUCGCUAUUUUGCCAGAUCAGAAACAAACAGGAGGCUUAUGGCUUAGUCUGCACCUGGAAAUUCCGACAUUCCAAUGGAUGGCAGCACAUAGCUCGGCCUCCGAUACACAGUGCAAGGAGUGUGCAAUACAAGACGAGACCCUGCCACACCUGUGGUUGGAUUGCGGGCCUCAACAAAAUUCUGGGAAUGGU